UAGAGAUGAAAGGAAGAAAGAAACUGUAGUGUACUCUACAGAUACUGUAUGUGAGUGAGAGAGAGAGAGAGAGAGAGAGAGAGAGGAGAGACUUGUGUAGGGUUAUAUUGAUAACCGUGCCCCAUCAAAACCUCCAUUUUACACCACAAAGAGACUAGAGGCGGAUUUCUUUCGUGGCUGGUUUCUCAUAUUUCCUCGAUUUGAUCGUUCAUAUUUUUCUUUCUUCGCAACUUUGGCUUUCUCUCUCUCUUUUUUCUUCUUUGCCAGUAAUGGCAGUGGCAGUGCAAGAAAAGAGGGAGGUAGAGACUUGAGUUUUCAUUGGGAAGGUAAAGUUUUGGAACAGUCCCUCAAAGAUAACCCAAAUAUUUCCUUUCAUUUUACCAUCUAUCAACCCACCGCCACAUCUGCUGCUGCGGCUUCUCUCUCUCUCUCUCGCGUGCACUCUGCUAUUACCCCUUUCUUUUUAAAGACCAGAAACUCACUCGCUCCCUCACUCAUUUUCCAAAGGAAAUCUGUGCAGUCUUUUUUGGCAGACAGAGACUCUUAUCUCGCUUGCCAAGAUAGCACCAAACCCUCUUACCAACAUAUAACAAGAUACUGACUCUUUUGCUACUUCUAUCUACACUAUCACUAUUUAGGAUUUCUCUGAAAAAGUCUGUUCUUUGAAGCAUAAAUCCCGGGAGAGCACUGCACAAUACUAAUACUACACCCCACUUUUCGAGCAAAGAAAAUACAAGGUUUUGCAUAGGUAGGUGGGAAGAAAAAGAGAGAAGAAGAGAGAGAGGGGGGGGGGGAUGGGGUUAAAAUUUGUAGUACUACUACUAAUACUUCACUAGUAGCUACCAAGUUGCAAAGCACACAAGUGAACAACUAAGAAAAAGAUAAGAUAGUGAGAGAGAGAGAGAGAGAGAGAGAGAUAAUGGAGGGUGGUGGUGGUGAUGGUGGUUCAAGUACCACUUCAUGUAUGAUGGCUUUUGGAGACAACAGUAAUGGACUAUGCCCUAUGAUGAUGAUGACGCCUCUCAUGUCUUCUUCGUCUUCUGCUCAUCAUCAGCAUCCUCAUCAUCAUCAUCGGGCUAAUGAGGGCGAUUCGUCAAUAUCAAAUACCUUAUUCCUUCCUCUACCUCCUACAAACAAUCAAGGCCAUAACCGUAUCCAUAGUAAUGCUAGUGGCUCUUCUUCUAUGAUUAUUGACGAUCACAACCGCAACCACAACAACACUGUCACUGCUACUGGGUGUUAUUUCAUGGAUAACAAUGAUGGUAGUAGUUCUUCUGUUAAGGCCAAAAUUAUGGCUCAUCCUCACUACCAUCGUCUCCUUGCUGCCUAUGCUAAUUGUCAAAAGGUUGGAGCACCACCUGAAGUGGUGGCUAGGCUAGAAGAAGCUUGCGCAUCGGCUGCUUCUAUUGCCCCCGCUAACACAGGCUGCAUCGGUGAAGAUCCAGCCCUUGACCAAUUCAUGGAGGCUUACUGUGAGAUGCUGACCAAGUAUGAGCAAGAGCUCUCUAAACCCUUAAAGGAAGCCAUGCUUUUUCUUCAGAGGGUUGAGUGUCAAUUCAAAGCUCUCACUCUUUCCUCUCCAAUUUCUGGUUGUGGUGAUGGCAAUGAUAGGAAUGUGUCAUCUGAAGAAGAGGUUGAUGUGAAUAACAACUUCAUAGAUCCUCAAGCUGAAGAUCAAGAACUGAAGGGUCAGCUACUUCGCAGGUACAGUGGAUAUUUAGGCAGUCUCAAGCAGGAGUUCAUGAAAAAGAGAAAGAAAGGGAAGUUACCGAAAGAAGCCAGGCAACAGCUGCUGGAUUGGUGGAGCAGGCAUUACAAAUGGCCAUAUCCAUCGGAGUCGCAGAAGCUGGCCCUUGCUGAAUCCACUGGUCUGGAUCAGAAGCAAAUAAACAACUGGUUCAUUAACCAAAGGAAACGACACUGGAAACCAUCGGAAGACAUGCAGUUUGUGGUGAUGGAUGCCGGCCAUCCUCAUUACUACAUGGAUAAUGUUUUGGGCAAUCCUUUUCCAAUGGACAUCUCUCCCACAAUGCUUUGAAGAUCAUGCAUGAUACAUGGUUGAUCUUUACUGCUGGAAUGCAAGUGAAUGCAAGUGAAAUUCUUAAUACGCUUGCCCCAUUUGACAUGCAAAUUAUAUAUGUUGUGUACUUUUUAUGCAUCCAGAGGCUAUCUAAUGUAGUUGAAUGUUGUGAAACCAGCCCGUCUCUUAAUUAUAUACAUAUAUAGUAUAGUAAUGCUGUUCUCAA